CCCAAUCUCUAUUUUCUCCUUUCUCUGUGUCUCUUUGUUCUUUUUCUUUGUAGCUCCCAAAUUUUGUGUCUUCCAUUUUCUUCUUCCCUUCCUCCUCUUUCCUCAGAGCCUCAGAGGUUUCUCUGAGGUAGCUCAGGUGUUCUUUGUCAAGAUCUCUAAAUUUUCUCAGAAAGAUGAAUCAGUGUGGGUAUUUGCAAAAGAACGCCUUUGGAAGCUGCGAGGAGAUGAGGAUGGAAUCAGUGGUUUGCCCUAAGCCUCGUAGAUUGGGUCUUUUGAACCACUCUUCCUUUGAUAAUCAUGUCAGACCCUUCAGGCCAACACCUUUUAUCAACUACCAAUCAGAGAUCGAAGAUUCAGAAGCUGGGGCAGAACUUCUGGAUAUCAUUUUCCCUAAGGGAAGCUGCUAUCCUGAAAGAUCUGGGUGCCAGGUGGCAUCAUCACCACCACCUUAUUUCUGUGGAUCUCCACCAAGCAGAGCCUCAAACCCUGUGAUCCAAGAUGAGCAAUUUGGUAACAAUUAUAGUCCAUUUUCCUUGGCACCUCAAUCCCCAUCUGCUUCUUCAUCAGCAAGAGGCUGUGUUAGGAGGAAGUUUGGUCACUCACCAGCUGCAGUGAGAAUUGAAGGUUUUGAUUGCCUCAGCAGGGAUAGGAGCAACUGCAGCAUUUCUGCUGUUGCAUAAUUUCAAUUUUCAAACAUAGAAGAAAAAAAAAAAGGGAAAAAGAGAACCCCUUUUACAAGGGAAGCACAGAAGAGAAGGCAGGGAGAAUCUACAUCUAAUCUUAAUUAAUUGAAUGUUGUUAAUGUAUCAUAUGUAUAUAUAUAAAUGGUCUGUUUCUGUUUCAUGAGUUUUAAGGUGUCAUGUAUAAUUGAGAUGUUGAGAGAGAAUUUUGUAAUUUUGUUGUUUCUCCUUUCUUGAAGAAUAAAAGAGAGGACAAGAAGCAAGGGAGAAAGGGGAAAAAAGGGUGUGUCUCAAAACCUUCUUUUUCUCUUUCUCUCUUGUUAGGUUUAUUAAUGGAGUCUUUUAGAUAUUUUGGAACUCUUAUUGGAGUUUCAAUGAGAGUCUGUAACUGUCAUGUGUUUUGAAGACUCAGAUCCUCCUUCUGUAAUUGUAAUUUGGAGGAAAUUUGAGGAUUAAUCUCUGAAAAUCUUGUGUAAAAUAUAAUUUCUUUUUGUGGGUGCCCUUUUUGAAGGUGUGCUCAUUUGCUCAAA